AUGUGGUCGACAUGUUUGUUGGCAACACGCUAUGCAUUAUCACAAUACCUCGUGGCGUUAGUAAUCGAUGAAAAAAUUGGUUAUCCAGAUUUUUUAGGCAAUAAUGAUACGACAAAGCUCGAAAAAAUGUAUCAAGAUUAUGCUUUCAAUGAUUUAUAUAUAUAUAAUGUUUUAAAAUUAUUAAAAAUAAAAUCCAAUGAAAAUCAUCGAAUGCUUCGCGAAUCUGUUGAUCGAAAAGCAUGGGGUGCUAGUCCACCGACUGUAGUCAACGCUUUUUAUAGUCCACCAAGAAACCAAAUCACCAUUGGAAUGGUCAUUUCUCAUGAAAUUACUCAUGGUUUUGAUGAUAGUGGUCGUCAGUAUGAUAAAGAUGGAAAUCGUAUUUCAUGGUGGACUCCUGAAACUAUCGAAAGUUUUAAUGAACAUAAGCAAUGUAUAAUUGAUCAAUAUAGUAAAUAUGUUAUAACUCAAAUCAACAUGACAGUAAUGACUUAA